AUGAGAAGAGACUACGACCCGAAAGAAAACCUUAUUGGAAGAUAUGAAACAUAUGAUUCCAGAAAUUCAAACUAAUAAAAUAAUGAUUGGCCACUUGAAUAAUUCAAAGAAAUAGAUUAUAGGAAAGAAUAUUAACAAAUCGAAAGCUUCAACCCUAUAAGUUAAGAACAUCAAAAAAUGAAUAUCUAAUAGCAAUUCUUGCUAUUUGAGAAAAAUUUAUUACUCUUAAAUGUUUGCAGUUAUUAAUAAGAUGAAAAAUCCCACAGACUGGAAAUCAGAAAUCUUACCACCAAAGCUCUUAUUAAAACUAUUCAAUUCAAUGAUAGCUCAUAGUAAAAACUUUUAGCACAUCAUAGUAUGAAUUUUAAAGACUACAUUGUCAUAUCUAUUGCAUCUUAAAUAUACUUGUUUGACUUGGAUAAGAUUGACAAUCUUUAGGAUUGCAUUCUUAAAAUUGACAUUGAAUCAGAUAUAAGCAUCUAAUAAUCUUAUAUCCUAGAUGAAUUCAGGAUAUUGCUUCAGUUCACUUCAGAAUUGUUAUCUGAAAAAAAAAUAUUAUUUGUACUUAGCUUAGACGAUCCAUUUACACAUUCAGUUAAAUAAUUUCAUAACUUAAAAAUCUAAUUAUCUGAAAAAGAUGUAUAAGAUUAUCAAAAUUAAUAUAAAGAUGAACCUGUAUUCAUUAAAUCACCAACUCAAAACUUUCUAUACACAACAAGAAGUAUAAGCUAUAUAAACUCUCCCAGAAUAAGAGAAUACUUCUUCAUUUUCAGCGAUAAAUUGCUAAUGAUCAAUAAAUAAACUUUCGAAAUUACUUAAAAAUUUGAUAAAUCUUAUAUUCUUGUUGGCUACUGUGAACUUUAGUAUUUCUUCAUAAGCUGGGAUAGAAAAUUAUACAGACUUGAUGACUAUUUUUAACUCUAAUUUAUGAAAUAACUUGAAUUCAAAAACAAUACAUAUCCAAUCGAUUCUAGAGAUGUUGGAAUAACAAACAACAAAUUAGUUCUCAAAGUGAACGCAGAUUCCAUUGCAAUUUUCGACAUUUUUACAUUAGACUAUCUUAAUGAAAUACAAGAAAUCUUAGCUAGUUAAAAUAUUAUAAAUGUUGUCAAUAACUAUGUAGUCUACUGGAGUUUGAAUGAUAGUGUCAUAAUUAUUUCAGAUAUUGAAGGAAAGUAUCCUUGCAAGGAAAUAAACAGAGAAUACAGUUCAAAAAUACAGCUCUUGAGACUAAUAGAUCUCAAUAAUCUAAGCUAAGAGGAGAUUGAAGAAAAACUAAGCAAUUUUGACAUCUAGCAAACAAAUGAAAUUAGCUAAACAGAUAAACUUAUUUUUAUCGACGAAGAGAAUAUGAUAUACCUUAAUAACUAUAGAAAAAUAUCUGUUGAUAAAGUCAUGAAGGACUAAGAAUUUUAGUAUGUUUGCUUGAUGUCUGAUAAAAUCAAUGAUCAAAUCUACAUAUUUGCAUUUUAAGACUAGAGAUAAGUAAUGUAUUACAAUAUUCGAACAGCUGAAUUCAUUAAGAUUGAACUUUUAGAAGACUUACCAAGUUUUACUGAGCUUAGAUCUUGCUGGAUUGACUUUAAUCUCAAUAUUUUGAUAAUAUAUGGAAGUUAUUACGGGGUAGAAGAUUUUCUUACUGCAAUUAACCUUAAAACUAGACAGCAAAUUUAAGAAAUAUAGCUAAAUAAGUAUGAGCAAUACCCUACGGUUUUUAUUGAACAGAAUUAUAUUUAAAUAUCUACGAAUAAACGUAUUAGAGUGUACUUAUUCAAAAAUGAAACUCUUCAACAAGUAAUCUAAAUGAAUUCUAACAGCUUAGAUUGCAGAAGUUAUUUCUAGCAAAAAUCUCUCAAUCAGCCUGGGUACUAUAUCAAGGAAUUUAAUAAUAUUCCAAGUGACUAAGGAAUUGUUGCCAAUUCUAUAGGCAUUCUUUCAAAUACAAACACUUACAAUCAUUUAAUAGUUUUGGCAACUUACUUCAAAUAAGCACAAAAAAUUAUAAUAGACAAAGGGAAAAUCAAACUAUAUUAUGCAAAUAAUGAAAUCAAUAUUGCAGGUUAUAUUGAUUCAGACAUUGAUCACGAUACUUUGAGAAAAUUCACAGCCCUUUCAAAAAUGACUCAUGAUUAAGCAGUAGUAGAACUUAAAAAUAUUCAAAUCUACACUAAAUUUGUAACAGGCUUUGGUAAUUGCAUAAACAUGUUUCAAAAUAACUUUCCAGCUUUAGAGUACAUUUACAAAUAUCUGUCAUUAUUGGACGCUGAUUAGAUCCCAAUUUUAAUAAUCUCUAAUAUGUAUGGGUAAAGUAAUCCUUUAGAUAUUGCUUUGAAAAAUAAACAAUAGAAAAUAAUCAACUUACUCCUGUAGAUUCUUCUUAAAUACCAAAACCAUAUUCUAUUCAAUGAGAUAAUAGAUAAAAAUCUAUGUGAACUCAUCAAAUAAAACAUAAAUCUACACGAAUAUUUCUGUGAAAGCAAUUUAGCUUUAUAGUAGAUAACAAAUGAUAGUUUUCCUUCAUAGCAUUCAGAUUCUUAGGAAUUACUUCUUCCAAUUAAUCUAGUUCAUUCCUAAGACAUUCUUACUAAGUACAAUGAAACAUUUGGCUGUAUUGUUGAGAACGAUGAUAGUGAAGACUCAUCUUAGGUGACUAUUGAGUAUUCAAUGGUGAACCUGCCUUAUACCUUAUCUAAAAAUCCUAAGGAACUAAUGAUAACUUUGAGUAAGUCAGAUAUGCAUGAAAAUUUUGAAAGUCCUGUAAUUCAAAACAUUAUCAAUUUCAAAUGGGAAGCGUACACAAAAUCUUACUAUUAAACCAAAUUCUACAUAUUCUUAAUUUUCUUUGGUUCAUUCAUAUUCGAAUCUUUUAAUCAAGCCUACUAUGGAUUAUUGUAACAGAACUUUAAAAAUGAUCAAAGAAAUGUCUCUAUAGUUAUUGCAUCUAAAGUGAUAAGUUUAUGUGCUUUACUGUCCAUUUUGAUGGAUGAAAUUAGACAAAUCAGAAUUUAAGGCAAAACUUAUUUUAAUAAUGCUUGGAAUUAUUUUGACUCUAGCUACAUUGUUUCCUAUCUCACUCUAAGCUUUUUUGAGUAAAUUUCAAUAAACAGCGAUUUAUUAGUCCUAUUAUACAUUCUUGCAAUCUUGUUAACCUUUAUGAAACUCUACUUUUACAUAAGGAUAUAUGAUUAAUUCAGUUUUUUAGUAUCAAUGAUGGCUGGAGUAUUUGGGGAUGUGAAAUACUUUCUUGCUUUCUUUAUGAUAUUCAUUUUGUAGUUUGGACUAAUAUUCACCAUAUUAUUCAGAGCAAAGGAUGUGGCUGAAUAUAGAGGAGUCGAGUUGCUCACUUAUUUCCUUAUGAUAUUUAGAACUGCUUCAGGAGAUUAUGUAGUUGAUCUGUUUAGUGAGUAAAAUAGUAGCUUCUUAGUUGCUCUUUCCUGGAUGAUUUGGCUAAUUGCUGUAGUUAUCUUGAAUAUUGUCUUCAUGAACUUUAUAAUUGCAGUAAUAUCAGAAUCCUAUUCUAAAGUUAUGGAAAAACUAACUGCUGAAUCUUAUAAAGUAAAGGCUAAUAUGAUUGUCGAAAGAGAGCAACUUUUUAAUGAAUAAGACUUAAUUAACCAAAGAUUAUUUCCAUAAUACAUCAUUAUUAGAAGGUAAUUAGACAUUAACGCUGGCGAUGCUGGAGAAUGGAAAGGAUUUUUAAAAGACUUAAAAAAUGUAAUAGAAGUUACUUCAACUAAAUCAAAGAAUGAUAUUAUUCAAAAUUAAGUUCAGUUGAACAAAAUUCCCUAGAUUCUUGAUUAAUAAAAAUCAAAACUAGAGACAACCUAAUAGGAAGUUAAAGGAGAUCUUACCUUACUUAAAAAUGAAAUCUCUGGAAUCAAAACAGAUGUAGAUUCAAUGAAGAAUGAUAUUAUGACAAUUAAAAAUCAAGUUAAUGGCAUUGAAAAUCUUCUAUAAGAAUCAAUUUCUAAAAUUCUUGAGAAAUUAAACAAAUGA